AUGGUGGAUGUGCACGUCGAAGUAGACGACGGCGAAGAGGAGGAGGCCCAACCAGCACCAAAACCUGUUCCGAAGGUGUCAGCUUGGGGCGCGAGGCAAAAGCCGCCAGAGCCGAAGCUCCGGCCGAAGCCCAAGGUACUGCCAAAGCAGCGGCCCAAGGAGCCGGCAGAGCCUCCUCCCAAGCCCGCAGAAAAGGCACGCCCUAAGCCGCGCCCUGACACCGGACGUCAGGUGGCAUCCAAGGCCAUGCCGGCCGAGAAGACUACCUUGAUGAAGCCCCGUCCCAAGUGCCGUCCCGUGUCGGCGACCACUAGUGACGAAGCCAACUGGCAGGCCUCGAAGGAGGACGAGGAGCCAGAAGGCUUGGCGGACAUACGCUCCGAGCCAGCAGCUGCAAAAGCACGGCCGACGACUCGGUCUUCCGAGCCCUUUCUGCCGAGCUCGCCUGCGAAAGGCCAAGUUCGUUCGAAGGCACGGCCUGUUCCACCGAAAGGCCCGCCGCCGGCGCACUUGCUCAAAGCGAGCACCCGCGAUGAAGCGCAGGAGCCGCCUUGGAGAGAGAAGCAGGAGCCGCCUUGGAGGGAAAAGGAGAAGGAGGACCUCGAAACGGCGGUUGAGGCCUUCUUGGAACAGCACCACGUGGAGGAUGACGCUGCGGCAGCCCUUCGCGAAGCGCCCAAGGAGGACGGGGGUGCUAGGUUUGGUGCGGGUGCAUUAGAGCAAGUGAGAGCGAGGGCGAGGAACAAAGAAAGGAAGCGCGUGACGUGGAACAGCGAGAGAAAGUAG